AUGUCUAUGACAUCUACGAUAAUCAAUUGUUCUUUCCCUUGGAGGCGUAAUCUGAAGCUAAUCAAUCGCGGUGAUAUAGUUGAUAUUUCGUGUGCUGAUCGAAUAUCAUUGAUAUUUCGGGAGACUCACUUUUUCUGGAAUUCUACUCACGCUUGUCGUGCUAAAUUCCAGCUGCUAAGUGGAUGUAUAAAUAUGUCCAUGGAUUUAAAGAAAAAGCAGUACGGAUUAAUUCUGAAGAAGAAGGAGGACAAACCUAUUGUACGAAGGGUUACCAACGUUUUCGGUGACGAUGAUGAUGAGGCUGAAAAAGUAGACGUGUCGAAUCAAAUUCAAUCAGCGUCGACACUUCGCGUGAAGAAACAUGCCGAACGGCUGCAAGAAAUGGCCAUUGCUGAAGAUCCAACCAUAUUUGAUUAUGACGCUAGUUAUGACCAGAUACAAGCUAUACGGGACGAAAAGGUAGCAGAAAAAAAGAAGGCUGAUAAAGAGAGAAAAUCCAAGUACGCCUUGGAUAUCAUUAAAGCGCACAAAAGACGUGAGCUGGAACAACAAAGCCGAGAAGAGCGUCAGCAACAGAAAGAGAGAGUGGAAGAAGGAGACCAGUUCGCUGAUAAAGAAGUUUUUGUAACGGGUGCGUACAGGAAGCAAAUGGAGGAGGUACAAAAGUUCCGAGAAGAAGAAGCUUAUGAGAAAAGAUUCAAUGAACUUACAUCUGUAGAGCAUCAAAAAGCAUGGCAAGCUGGCUUUGGGCGUACUUUAUUAAAUGAGCUUGCAAGAGGAGAACCGAGUUUAAUGCAGAAAGGUGAAUUACACGGCGGUAGUGGUGACAGUUCAGCAGUGACCAAGAAGAAAAUGCGCAAUAUUCGGCAAAGGCGCAAAAGUGGUUCAUCGUCCGAUGACGAGGAAGAAGCCGUCUCAACUGGAACAAAACCUAUAACAGUAAAGAAGUCGAUUUACUCGGACGAUGAGGAUGAUGGUCAGGCGCAAUUUGAACCGCCAAAGAAGAACUUUCCAGGAGAGUUGAAGCCAGGGUUGAAUAGGGUCGUUAAAGCACCAACGAAAACAGAGAGGCUCAGAGAACGUCAGUUCACACCAACUCCACCCUCUUCUGAUAAUGAGGAGAAGGACAGACGGAAAAGGGAUAGGGGCAGAGAUCGAAACCGAGAAGAUCGUAGAAGCAGUCCCGAUCGUCGAAAGAGCAUCGAUGGGAAGGAGAGCAAAGAGUCAUUAAAAAAGAGGAUAGAACCGAACAAGGAUGACAAAGCGCAACGUCUGAUUCGACUCAAAGAGAUUCUGAAGCAGAGAAAUGGAGAAGCAGAAAUUGAAGAGUUCAGGAGGCGUUAUUUGGAGAGAAGAGAAAAGGAAACGGUCACAAUCACCUUGAUCACCUUGACUCCUGUUAUUGUUCGAACUGGUCGAGCAGGCCACGGAUCUCCCUCACUAGAAGGAUCACAGGCGACUACUCCCAAGGCUCAAUGGCGUGUCCCUGUGUGGCGGACAGGAGAUCGACUCCCUAUUUCUGCUGUGCCAGGAUCGGCUCAUAAUACUACGGUAUCCCGCACAUAG